AUGGGAUGGUAUGACCAAUAUGCGAGGCUGGACGGCACUCCAAACAUUGAGGACGUUGUCAUCGGUCUAGAGGGCGAGACUAUUGUGGCUGUCGCUUUGACGUACAUUCCCAACACUGGAAGCCCAACCGAGGACGACCUACCGUGGGCCAAGACCAUUGGCGCGGAUGUCGGUGGCGUAACAUGCAUUUGCAUCACAGAUGAUAAUCGUGAAAUGGUGAAUAGCCGGGACUCGGUUAUGAUUCGAUUGCUAGAUACCUGUGUCAAGUUGCUGGCCGACCGAGGUAUGCAGCAAAUGUUCAUCGAUGGUGUCAAAGGGGGCAAUGCUGGCUUUCAAAGUCUAGUGCUGGCUCUUAUCCCAGAAGUGACGGCUGUAUACAUCGGCUCCGAGUACCACCUGGUUCCUGUUUCCAGGAGCCCUAAAGAUUGA